GCACAGACCCCUUGAACUUUACCUGUGCUGUGUGUUUCGUGUUUAUUGUUGUUUAUUCUGCUGCUAGAAACUAGAGCUUGAAUACUGUGAGAGUGAAAACAAAAGUUCAGCAAAACACCAGAGACUAUCAGGUUAAAAAAAAACAACAAUACACGAGACUAUUAACACAUUCUAGAAUCUAAUUGUUUUAUUUAGCCUACGACUACGGAAAUGAGCUUGAAAUGUGUCAACCUCGAAUCAGAUGUUUAUCUUGUCUGUCUUACUCACGCACUGUCCACAGAGCGGGAGGAGAUUAUGGGCUUACUGAUUGGUGAGGUGGAUGAGGAAAGGGCACUACACAUUUCUUCUGUGGUCAUUCUACGAAGGUCAGACAAGCAGCCAGAUCGUGUUGAAAUCUCACCUGAACAGCAGUCAGAUGCUUCCAUCAAAGCAGAGCAACUUGCCAAAGAAUUGAACAGGCCCUUGAGGGUAGUUGGUUGGUAUCACUCUCACCCACACAUCACAGUAUGGCCGUCUCAUGUUGAUUUGCGAACUCAAGCCAGCUAUCAGCAGAUGGAUGAUGGUUUUGUUGGUCUGAUUUUCUCAGUGUUCAAUGAGGACAAAGUCUCAAAGUUCAAUAAAAUUCAAGUGACUUGUUUCCAGUCAAGACAAAUCAACUCAGAAUUCCACAGAGCGGAGGUUCCCCUCAACGUGGUCCCCACCUGUCAGAUUGGACCGGCCUGCCUGUCCUCUCUGGUGGAACUGCCAAAAAUAUUGUUGCAAGAGGAGGAUGAAGCUUACGCCCGUGUCUCCGACCCUGCUGAUCAGGAUCUGCUGACACGAGUACACAAUGCUUCCGUGUUUACCAAGUCCUUGUGUCAUGUGAUGGAGGUGGUCAGCGGUCCACUACUACACAGCCUGGAGCAGCGACUGCAGGCCAACAAACAGCGCACGGCUCAUCUCCAGGAGGAGAAGGCACAACUAGAGGCGAGACUGAAGGCAUUAGAGCAGAAGUCUGACAGACACCAACCCAAGUCUCUCAUGGAUUGUAGUUGAAGAAGUUUCGAUAGAACAGUCCAUGAUUUCAAAGAGGAAAAAAAAAUGUAGUUGGUGGUUUGAGGAUAUAUCACUGGCAGGUGCUGCUUCUUUUCCUUUCCCUAUGUUGUGUCAGUUUGUGUGUCUCGCCUUUUCCUGUUCUGAAUGAUCUUUAUUGUGUUGAAACGUUUUUCUUUACUCUAAACAAAGAGAAUAAAGAGAUAAUCAUCAUGAUCGCAACGCUCACCAAUGUUUCAUUUGUUAAAUAUGUUUUUUAAAUCACAUAAUAAUAUUGUAGUUUGUAGAUUUUAUAGUCACCUUCUGGGUCUUGCUUCGUGGGUCGUGAGUAUGAAAAAAGAAAAUUUUUAAUGACUUUCUGUGGUGCAGGUUUUUGUUCCUGAAAGAUCAAGUACGCACUCUCAAUUUAGGUGUGAUAACCUGAUAACUUUAUAGAGAAAGCACAGUGAAAAAUAGCUCAGGUACUCAUGCUAAGACAGGCAAUUUGCGAUGACUGAAGCUAGUGGGAAAUCAGUUGACUUUUGUUGGAAAGAGUUUCAAGUCAAUAUUACUGUUUGGGAGUCUUUCUCUUAAUCAUGCCUCUCUCAAACCCCAAAUCUCUCACUUCACUUUUCCUCAAACCCUUUUCUCUAUUCCCUGACCUACUUAACUUUUCCUCCUACCCUUUUCUCUCGCCUCUGACCCACUUAGUUUUCUGCAAAAGCUGUGUGUGUGUGUGUGUGUGUGUGUGUGUGUGUGUGUGUGUGCGUGUGUGUGUGCAUGCGUGUGUGUAUGUGCACAAGUGUGUGUGUGAGGGCACGCUCGUGUAUUCACAUGCACAUAUGUUUUGUUUGUUUCUAUUCUCUGUUCAUUUUCACUUUACCCCUAACCCUUUCUAUAUGCCUUAAAUAACUGCUCUGUUUGGUACCAUCUGCCUUUGAUUCUAGCUUUUUGGAGCUUAUGAGCAACACUGGCUGUGGCCAUUUGUACAUACAUUUAUACUUGUGCAAUUCUUUAUGAACUGAAAUUUGCUUGUAUUAUUUGAUUUUUUUUUUUUCGGUUCUAUUUUGUACUACUGUUUGAUGUCAUGGAAACAUGACGGCUUUUUUUGGUUGUUAUUGCCCCUAUUUUAAUAAAAAAAACUGAUCCAAAGUAUGUAC